CUAUAAACACCUGGAAUUUUACUGUAGCAAUUUAGCAUAACAAAUCUUCCCUGUAUAAGGAAGGCAGCAUCUGCAUAUCAGCAUGUACAAGAAGGAAAAGACUCUUCAGCUGCUAACCUCUGCUUCGGCAAUCCCCAACAACCUAGCAGUCAGCUGUUUACGAAGGGGAGCCACUGCCGAGUCCAUCGCUGUAGUUCACCAGGGUUUCAUCAACAUGGUAGGGGUGGGGGAAGAGGAGCUCAGUGCCAAGUACAUCCCAUGCACAGACACGGCACAACGACAGAGCGCCAUGGUCACACAGGUGAUGUGGUGCAUGCUGGGAGGUGAGACUGUGCUAGCCAUCACGUCCACUCAGGGACUACAAAUAUUUGACCCAAGUGGUCUCGAGUGCAGAUUCUCACACCCGUGUGAAGACGCCUCCGUCCCAAACUCGGGUGAAACAUUUGCUCGAGGACUAGCUAUCAUCGCAGAUGAAUUCCUCUGUGUUGGAAAUGCUACAGGGAGUGUGAGAGUGUUUGGUGUGCUGGGGGAGGACUGGGAGGUUGUAUUUGUGGAUCGCAAGCAAGAGCACGUAGAGGCCAUCACAGACCUGGCAGCGUCCAGUGACUUGUUGGCAUCAGCUGACGAGGGGGGAGCUGUCGUCUUGUGGAACCUCACUGGCGAGGAGCUUCUAAAGUCUUACAGCCUGCCUGACUACGGAUCAGCCUGUACCAGUUUGCGGCUACACCAGCAGUUGUUGUUGGCUGGGUAUGGUUCAGGCCACCUCAGAUUGUUCAGUGUGUCUCCAACACACAAGCCUGUAUUGAUGUGUGAGGUGGCGGCCCACGCUCGCUGGCUCACAGCAAUCGACGUUGCUACCGAUGCGAAUCUAGCUCUCUCCGUGUCCGAGGAUUCCUUCAUCCGAAUCUGGGAGAUUAAAGGAGGAGAUCAACCGAUUAUGCAGCAGAAGUUUUACACUCAAGUGGAAGAUGCCUUUCUUGUAGGAGGCAGAUUUCUCACAAAGGAAGGAUCCUCGUUUUGUGUCUCAUCUUAUGAUAGCAAUCUAGUUCAGUGUUAUAAAAGUUAA